CCGACACUGAGCUGAGCCGCGCCAGGGCGAGCGCUCGCUCGCAGUCGGGAGCUGAGAGCGGAGCCGGAGGGGGACGGCUACUGAUCUCCCCCUCUCCCCCAGCCCCCCCCCCCUCCGCCCCGGACCCCGGCUGCGGAGCUGCCCCGCUGCCCCGCGCAGAAGAAAGCAUGCUGGCAGUCGGUUGUGCGCUGCUGGCCGCCCUGUUGGCUGCGCCCGCGGUCGCGCUGGUCCUCGGGAGCUGCGGCGCGCUGGAGGUGGCAAAUGAUACGGUGACUAGCCUGCCCGGAGCCACCGUCACCCUGAUCUGUCCUGGGAAGGAAGCAGAAGGCGAUGUCACCAUUCAGUGGAUGUACUCUGGCUCACAACACAGACGGUGGACUACCAGGGGGAAUACACUGCUUCUGAGGACUGUGCAGCUCAACGACACUGGGAACUAUUUAUGCUUCCUGGAUAAUCACCUGCUUGGGACUGUGCCCUUGCUGGUGGAUGUUCCUCCAGAGGAGCCUAAACUCUCCUGCUUCCGGAAGAACCCCCUUGUAAGUGCUACUUGUGAGUGGCGUCCGAGCAGCACCCCCUCUCCAACGACCAGGGCUGUGCUGUUUGGAAAGAAAAUCAACAAAGCCAACAUGAAGAAUAACUUCCAGUUGCCCUGCCAGUAUUCUCAGAAGCUCAAAGGCUUCUUCUGCCAGGUGGAAAUCCAAGAGGGCGACAGAGUUUACCACGUAGUGUCACUGUGCGUCUCAAACAGUGUGGGAAGCAAGUCCAGCAGCAACGUUGCGUUUCACAGCUUAACCAUGGUGCAGCCUGACCCACCUAUGAAUCUUGUGGUGUCGGCCAUACCUGGAAAGCCUCGCUGGCUCAAUGUCAGCUGGCAAGACCCUGAGUCCUGGGACUCAAGUUACUACAUGUUGAAGUUUGAGCUUCGAUACAGACCUGUGUGGUCAAAGUCAUUCACAGUGUGGCUGCUCCCGGUGGCCCAGCAUCACUGCGUCAUCCGUGACGCCUUGCGAGGCGUGAAGCACGUGGUGCAGCUCCGUGGAAAGGAGGAGUUUGGGACUGGCCAGUGGAGCGAGUGGUCCCCGGAGGUCACGGGCACUCCUUGGAUAGAGCCCAGGAGCACUCCUGCAGGGAUCCUUGGGAACCCCACGCAGGUCCCGGAUGAAGACGACAACGAGGAGGAUCUGUCCAUGCGUUCUGUAAGAGCAACAAGCACGCCGGCCUCAGAGCAAGAAUCUUCCUCCAUAUCACUGCCCACAUUCCUGGUGGCUGGAGGAAGCCUGGUGUGUGGGUUGCUCCUCUGUGUCUUCAUCGUCGUGAGGCUCAAGAAGACAUGGAAGCCCCAGGCUGGGAAGGAAAGCAAGACGAGUUCUCCCCAGCCACAUUCCUUGGGACAGCUGAAGCCCAACUUCGUACUGGUUCCCCUCCUCACCUCAGCAGGGUCCCACAACGGCUCCAGGCCUGACAACACCUUAAGCCACAACUGCCUGGGUGUCAGGGACCCGCAGAACCCUUAUGACACCAGCAACAGAGACUACCUAUUCCCCAGAUAGUCUUCCGGAUGGUACCUGGCAGCUGGCAUGGGAUCAGAUCAGCACACGUGCUCCUCGUGGCCAUUCCAGUUCGCCUGGUCGGGGUGGGCUGGGCUGCAGCUUCCUUCUCCACUAGAGCCUUGCAGAAGGUCCAGAAUGGGUGAAGACUGGCAUAGCACUGCAUCUGCUCCUAAGGAAGGGGUUGUGAGGGACACAGGCCACUACGAAGAGGCCACGACAACUCUGGAUAGAGGGGCUUGUUCUACACAUUGUUAGCCUUAACAAGCCGCAUCCCCAGGAUAGCCUCAGGUAGGGGCGCCACAGGUUGCCCCAGUUGCCUAGCUCUGGCUCACUCUCCCAACUGACCUUGUCGCUGGAACUCUUAAAAUCCAAGCGCCUUUGACAUUCUCUUUUCCUGGGCCAUUAAGCCUGAGGAGGAAGCCCGUUCCUACUUCCCUUCUCACUACCUGGAAGCCACUGGGGAAGCGGCUGGGAGUUCCGCUUGUAGUGACCGGUAUCUCAGGGCCUGAUGGUUUUAGGUGAAAUGACUUUCUCAUAAGCAUUUUUCAAAUGUGAAUGAUAAUCCUAGGCACUGCAAAAGUUUUAUUUUCUUCUUUGAUCUCAGGGCUUCAAGAGGAGCAGGAUGGAAGCAGGGGAAGGACGGGUGUCCACUGUCCCUGCUGUAGUUGAGGGGACACAGCCUCUGAAAACAUGGUCUCCCAGGGGAGGGAUGGUGUUAGUGAGGAGUUCUGCCGUGGCAGAUAGCAUAACUACUUUACUCCAGCCUUGCCCAUACUGGUUUCAACUGGACCUGAGCGAUUAGGAAAGACGAUGUUCAUGUAAAGAAAGCUGAACUAGAAAGAUUGCAUUUGCUUUUUGCUUUUUACAAAACUGUUGCCUGAGCCGGGCGUUGGUGGCACACGCCUUUAGUCCCAUCACUCGGGAGGCAGAGGCAGGCGGAUCUCUGAGUUCGAGACCAGCCUGGUCUACAGAGUUCCAGGAUAGCCUCCAAAGCUACACAGAGAAACCCUGUCUGGAAAAACCAAACAAACAAAAAAAGGAAACUGUUUCCUCACCAGGACUCACUGUGUGCUGGUGUAGGGACUACCCGGGGGUGUUGAGGGGGGAGGGCAUGGUAACUUUGUUUAGCACAAAAGCCAAGUCAAGUGAAAAUCGAGAAAAAUGACUAUUUUCUGUAACAGAGAAGACUUUAGUUUCGUUCUGUAUCUUGUUUUUUGUCUUAAAAAGUAUAAAAAUAGUCUGUCCUCAGCUUCAGGGGAUGAAUGCUCGCCAGGCUUGGGAAGGAAGGGUGUCAGCUUCCUGCCCCUCCUCACUGCCACCGUGGCCUUCCUCGCUGUGUGGAGUCCCUGCAUGCAGUCCUGGAGAAGCACUGAACACCUCAGUCGCUUUCCCCUGGGGCUCUGAGAAUUCUGUGAUGUUAGUGUCACCCGGGAGACCACAGAGUGCACACCUCAGUCGCUUUCCCCUGGGGCUCUGAGAAUUCUGUGAUGUUAGUGGUCACCCGGGAGACUACAGAGUACGCUGUGAUUACAGUGAGUUUUGCCUUCAUUAACCCCCACAUUACCAAAUCCCAACACUUCCCUAGUAGCUUACCUUCCAGACAAUGUUACCACCACGGGCCAGGAGGUGGAGUUCGGAAGCUACCGGAAGCUGUUCCGCUGUCUAUCCCACAGCUCUAAGGUGCCCAUCUCAGGCAGGUGGUUAUUCCUACCGCACUUUGAAUGUUUCAGAACCUGUCGCUGUCUUAGAAAAAGGUUUGUAAGUUGACAAAAACCAGGCAGGUACUCAUGGUUUUUUUUUUCUGUUGUUUGUUUUUCUCCUUCUUUGUUAAGUUUCUGGGACUAAAGAGUAGCAAAAAUGCUGUGAAAGGGGAACAUUGGAAAUAGUGACCUGCAAGGGACAGGAGAGGGGCCCACGCACGACUCUUCAAUUCUCCACACUGGCUUUGCCCGAAAGCCGCUACCAAAGCCAGGCAGGGCAAGCUGGUGGAAGAUUGAAAUCCAGAUAGCGCAUUAUCUCUCAAAGCUAAAUAGCUUUGAUCUCCAAAUUGUUACUGCUUUCACUAUUAUUAUGACAGGAUACCGCCCCCCCCAUCAAAGGAUGCAUUUUCCUUUUGACUUUUAAUAAGCUAAUGUCAAUGACGUCUGUUUCCUCUGAUCCCCAGCUUCGCUCAGGGCACGCAGGGAUAGGCCCUCAGCUGCUUCUGGCCUCAAAUCUGUGACUGCUGAAUGUGUCUGCAGCCCACAGGCUGCCUCGCCAACAGUGUCGUCACUCCCUGCACACCUGCAGUCAGCAACCGGGCAGCCAGAUGUGGAGGGUUUAGACAGAUGGUUUAAACACAACCUUGACUGCUCUGCAGGGAGAGUAGAGCGCAUACUGGCUCAAGUUCUCAAGUUCUAACGUGAUCUUUGAUUCUUACGGCAUUAGCGAAUAGCUUUAAGACGUUUCAAGGGAGUAUCAUUGGCUAUGCACCUGAGAUGUCUGGUGACUGAGUGCUCAUCUCUCUGUGGGCAUUGUCUUUGCAGCUGCUCACCUGGCUGUACGCUCACAUUGACUCUGCCACAUCCCCGAUGUCUUGGGAGGAAGGAAAUUGGUGUGUGGGGUUUACUGCCGUAAUUAGGUUGGAGCCAGUGUGGAGCAGAGCCCAGCAGGUUGGGCCAGGGUUGGCCACGCUAUGCAGAUUUAAGGAAUGCUUGGUUUGCCUAGGUCCUAUUUUCCCUAGCAGUUCCUAGCAGGCUGACCUAGUUGAGGAGAAUUCCCACACUCAGCUGCAGGUGGAGGUGGUGAGAACCUUUCUUCAUUUGGAGAGACAGGGUCAUCGCAAGAACGUUUUCCAUGCUACAGCCUACAGUGAGGCGGUGACUGGAGACAGGUCAGCUGACUCAGGUCCUAGGGCUGGCGCUGGGGAGAGUCUGCCAAAGGUCUUUCCAGCUACUUGUCCUAGUGUGGUUGGGUGCCAAUUCCAGGGAGUUUCUAUGGCAACCUUAAUGCUUAUUAGGGAACACUGUCAGAUUUGUGAACAUAUGCUCAGAUGGAGAGCUAGUUUGCAGGAAAAGGGCUGGUACAGUGUAGCAAGCUGGAAGGGACAGAGAGAGACUUUCUUGGCUAGAGAUCAUAUCCGUUAAGCAGAAUACCUCAACGCUACAUGUUUCUGUUUUUGAGACAAUGUUUUUAAGGUGUUUACCUGUGUUACCUGCAAGCUGAUACCUAAGCUGUUUUUGCAAGCAUAUAAUAUGUUUUUCAAAGUUUUAUAAUAUGUUUUUUCAUUGCUUUUUUUGGGGAGCCACUGUUUGCUUUAAAGUGAAAAUUGUAACUGUUUGAAAUAAAUACUUUCUAAACUGCA